AUGCGUCGUUUUCAGAGGAUACAUAAUGUUGUUGAGCAGGUUGAGGAGUAUCGUCAUUGGGGUUAUCAUCCAGUGCACCUCGGAGAUGUCUUCAAUGAGAAGUACAAGGUUCUUGGAAAAUUGGCGUUUGGUCAGUUUUCCACAGCAUGGCUCGCAGUUGACCAGAGGUUUCAGCAGCAGGUGGCUAUGAAAGUGCUUAAAGCAAAAGCAUCCCAGCAAAGCAAAGAGCUUGAAAUCCUUCUUCACCUGUCCCGGCCAGAAGUUCAGCACGCUGGCAAGACGAAUGUACUAGAACUGCUAGAUUAUUUCGAGCACCAAGGCCCUAAUGGAACACACCUGUGCCUUGUAUUUCCAAUUAUCCUAGGGUUAGAGUAUAUACAUGCUUCAGGCCUUAUACACUGCGAUCUGCAGCCGGCAAAUAUCAUGUUUACGAACCCGUACGCCAGGUUCUCUCUCUCAGAGCCAGAGUUCAGUCCAGUCGAAUGGCUGGAGGGAGUAGCGGUUGAUAACUCGGCCCCUCGAUAUCUGCUACCUUCGCAGAGGAUUCAUGCGACCCUUGACCAGAUGGACGUCUCUGCUACUGAGGUUAAGAUUGGCGAUUUUGGUGGAGCAACAUGGAGACACUCUUUUCAUGGACAACAGCCUGUUACUCCUAGAGCAAUGCGUGCACCAGAAGUCAUUCGGCGAGAAAGUUGGGAUACUGGCAUUGAUAUAUGGUGUUUGGGUUGCUUGAUAUUCCAGCUGGCCACAAAUGAACCCCUUUUUCCGAUUGGGGGUUUUGGAAUGACCGCGGAGCAGUUUGAUGAAAACCAUAAGAAUCUCAUUACCGAGAUCAUUGGCAAAGACUUCACCAGUUUUAUGGAUUAUUUAAGGCAGCGGCUGCCGCCGGAAUCUCUACUGGAGGACAUUCAGACGUUUGGAUCAUUCCUGUGCUGCAUGCUUCAAAAUUCUCCGCAGCAACGCCAAUCUGCGACUCAGCUGCUGAGACAUUCCUGGUUUCAGGAAUAUUCACAUCGUGGCCACUGA